AUGUUGACGCGUCAGAGUGUGCGGCAGUCGCGUUCUGCCGUCCUUGCCAUAAUCAGAGCUAGACAGAGUAGUACCCAGCCUCCAGACCCAAACAUAAAGCCUUUGGAGUCCAUCUUGAUUGCAAAUCGAGGAGAAAUCGCUAUACGUGUCAACAAGACAGCUGCAAGGCAUGGUAUUACGACUACAACCCUCUAUACAGAUCCAGAUGCGGCUUCUCAGCACGCUUACUCUUCUUCAAGAUCAUACAACCUAGGCCAAACAUCCGAAUACCUGAAUCAAGCCAAAAUCCUAGCUCUUGCUAAAGACCAUGGAUGUCAAGCUAUACAUCCAGGCUACGGCUUCUUGUCAGAGAAUGCUGACUUUGCAAGAAAAUGUGCAGAGGCUGGCAUUACCUUCAUCGGACCUCCGCCUAGUGCCAUCGACGAUAUGGGCGAUAAAGCUCGAAGCAAGGAGAUCAUGAACGCUGCAGGUGUGCCAUGUGUUCCAGGCUACCAUGGAUCUGACCAAGCUCCUCAGAGACUCGCGAAGGAGGCUGAGGCGAUAGGGUUUCCUGUCCUCAUCAAAGCUGUUCGUGGUGGAGGUGGAAAGGGUAUGAGGAUAGUACAAUCUGCAGACGCAUUCUCAGAUAUGCUGGAUAGCGCCCGUCGGGAGGCGAUGAACUCCUUUGGCAACGAUGAGGUUCUAGUCGAGAAGUACAUCACGACUCCACGCCAUAUUGAGGUACAAGUCUUCGCUGACAAGUAUGGCAAUUCGCUAGCACUAGGUGAACGAGACUGUUCAAUUCAAAGACGGCACCAAAAGAUACUCGAGGAGUCUCCAGCACCUGAGCUGGAUAAUAACAUCAGGAAAGACCUUUGGCAAAAAGCACGUGCAGCUGCAGAAGCUGUUAAGUAUGAGGGUGCAGGUACUGUUGAAUUCAUUUUUGACAACGACACUGGCAAAUUCUAUUUCAUGGAGAUGAAUACUCGAUUACAAGUCGAACACCCAGUAACUGAGAUGGUCACUGGUUUGGAUCUAGUUCAGUGGCAGAUCAUGGUUGCUGAGGGUCGCAGGCUACCUCUAACACAAGACGAGGUCGAGGAGCGCAUCAGCAAAAGAGGGCAUGCCAUCGAGGCGCGUAUCUAUGCCGAGAAUCCAGACAAAGGCUUCAUACCAGACUCUGGCAAGCUGUUACAUGUUCGUCUCCCAGUGGCUACCGAUGAUAUACGUAUAGACACCGGCUUCGUCCAAGGCGACACAGUCUCCAGCCACUACGACCCAAUGAUCGCCAAGCUCAUCGUUCGAGGCGAGGACCGUAGAGACGCGGUCAGAAAGCUUGCGGUUGCGCUCGAAUCAUACGAAGUCGCAGGUCCAGUCACCAACAUCGACUUCCUAAAACGUUGCUGCGAGUCCAACGACUUCGCAGAAGGAAGAGUCGAGACCGGAUACAUCCCCAAGCACCACGACGAGCUCUUCGCUAAACGCACACCUACUCCCGAAGUUCUCAUCCAAGCAGCGCUGAGCUCAUUCCUACAAGCCAAAUCUCAAAAACCGACAGUACCUCAACAGACCCAAGCCAACAACCCCACAUCCUUCUCCUGGUCCUCACCACAAAGCAACCUACAAUCACGCAACUUCACCUUCCAAUCAGCCGACGAAGAGACAACACCCGGAACCACACCGCAAACCCACUCCAUACAGAUCUCACAGCUAUCGCCAACACAAUUCACAGCUCAAGCAGGCAGCAACUCAUAUACCCUCACCAGCACCCUCGACCCAACAACAAACACCCUAACAACCUACUUUCCACACACCCGACACACAUCACGCAUCAUCCACGCCUCAGACAGCAGCAUCAUCCAUCUCUUUACUCCGCAGGGCUCGUAUCGUCUUACACCCACACAACCAGGCUGGUUAGCGAAAGCGCUCGGUACGACUGAGAAGGCUAAUUCUCUGCUGUCACCUAUGCCCUGCAAGAUUCUGCGGGUGGAUGUGAAGCCGGGUGAUAUUGUGAAGAAGGACCAGACGCUGUUGGUCAUUGAGAGUAUGAAAAUGGAGACUGUGAUAAGAAGUCCUGGGGAAGGGUUGGUGGUUAAGAGGGUGGUGCAUGGCCAGGGAGAGGUGGUUGGGACGGGCGUUGAAUUGGUGGAGUUUGAGGAGAUUGAAGCGAAGGAGUAA